CGGCCGCCCGUCCUGGGGGGCUGGAGCCGUCGCCUCUGCUCGCCCAGGGAGGCUCUUGCCAGGAGCUGACCGGACACCUUGGGCGAACAGAUCUCCCGAGGAUGAGAUCUCCAUAAUUCCCUGUGGAAAAGUCUUUUCACAGUCUGAUGCCCUGUGUGUGUUGGUUCUUCUGUGACCUUGACAGGUCUGGCGGUGACAGCUAAAACCCUGCUUUACUUUGUCAACACUGAGAUUCACUCCUACAUUAUAAAACAAGUCUGGGGGUUGUCACUAUCUUCCACGCCACUGCAUCUGAUCUCGUCUGACAAAGGGGCAUGAGAUGGUUGUAUUCAUCUCAUGAAUACCCUGUUAGAGGUUUUUCAGCAGACACAGUCUGGGCUGUUUGCUUCUAUUCACCACACGUUUGGCUCCUAAGGGAGGACAGCACUACUUAGAAGAGCUUUUAAGAAACCAAAUUCACUAGGAUUCCUAUUGUAGUAGGUCAGCACGUCUCCAGCUGUACUCUGAUUUCCAGUAAUAGACCUAAUCUUCUAAAUCAAUAAGUGAUUGCAGCCAGGACACCUGCACCAUUACACCAGGGGAAGCACCAGAAUGAAAGACAUGGACAAUAUCAAAACUGUAAAGAAAGAAUGGGUGUGUAAAUCAGGAACUGAUGAUCAGAUUUUGAACGGUACAGAACAAAACUGUGACUACUUUGUAGAUAACCUUUUUGAAGAAGCUCAGAAGGUUGGUGCCAUGUGUGUGCCCCCAACUACAGUCAAGAACCAGGUUGAUGUAAUCAUUAAACUUUGGAAAAACGGGUUUACGGUAAAUGACGGCGAACUUCGGAGCUACGCUGAUGUUGCAAACCAGCAGUUCUUGGAGUCCAUUAAAAAGGGGGAACUGCCUUUUGAGCUGCAAAAAGUGUUUGAUAAGGAGGAGGUAGAAGUGAAAGUGGAAGAUAAAAAGGAUAAGGUGUAUUUGUCAUCGAAAAAGCCAAUGUUUCAUCCCUUUUCUGGACAUGGUUACAGAUUAGGAAGUGCUACUCCAAAGAUAAUCUCUAAAGUGAGAGACGAUCAUCCAGGACCUGAUGACAAAAGACACCUGCCUUUAGUACCCUUGAAUGAUUUGGAGCCUAUCACCAAUGUCCAGAUCUGGUUAGCUGAUGGGGAAAGGAUAAUUCAGAAAUUCAAUGUUUCUCACAGAAUCAGCCAUGUCAGAGACUUCAUAACAAAGUAUCAAGGAUCUGAGGGAAGUGUUCCCUUCACACUGACCACCUCCCUGCCUUUUCGUGAGCUGCAGGACGAGACACUCACGCUUGAGGAAGCAAAGUUGCAAAACGCCGUUGUUGUUCAGAGACUUCGGAAAACAACUGAACCUUUCAGACUCUUGGUGAUAAAAGCACCUGACAACGACUACAAAAGUGCUGCUACACCUAAUGGACAACUCAAGAAUGAGCAAAAAAAUGCUAUCAAUAGUACACGUUCAAAUUAGCUUUAUAACUGACCAAAAAUUAUCUGCAGGGUGAACUAGGCAAAACCAAAAAUGUAACCAGCAAUAUGUGGAUGCCCUCACAUCCUCAUGCACUGUGCUCUUAGAGAGCAGAAUGGGUGCUGUGCUGUCGUCUGCUAUAAUAGAGGUAUUUUCAGCUACAUUGGGUACUCAGAGCCUGGCUGUAUAAUGUAGCAGAGCUAACUGUACAGCAGAUCAUCCUUAGAAUUUCCUUAGGUUAAAAGCUUCAUAGUAUUUAAUAAGUGGGUCUAGGUGGAACAGUUAUCUGAGACUUAACUACUGAGAGCUACCUACUGAUACUUAACUACCUUUUAAGGAAAAAUAGUAUUUAUUUUUGCACUUUGGACUAAAGUGAAGCAUUUCACUUACAUUGUAGUGUAAACUGCUGCAGUUUGCAUUCUUCUCACAGUAACUCUUUGACAACCUGUACUGCAAGCAAGCUCACAUUUGAACUCUACCUUGAAAAUCUUCAGGAUGUAACUUUUGUCACAAGAUCUGCAGUGUAAUAAUGUUCUGUCAAGUUUCCACAUGGUGGUAGGUGCAUGUGUGAGAAGAUACAAUCGAGAUGGUUUGGUGCAUACUGCAUAUGAAGUGCCUCAAAGUAAGCUCUGAAGGAAUUGUUCUUAUCAAUAGUUGAAGUGGUUUCUGCUUCUUUUGCGCCGCUACGGGUGUCUUGCAGAUCAGGUGAUGUUAAACUACCUAGCUCAUCAGCAUAGGGACCCACUUGUAGCUUUGUCACACAGAAACUUCAGCUGUUUUGGCUAUCACCAAGUAGGAGUAGUAGUUGAGAGGGACACAGUUGUUUUUGUACUGUUUGUCUGCCUCUGUCCUGAACUGCCCAGCUGAUGGAGACACUAAUUGCAUGUGGCCAGGUUUCAAAGCUGUUGAAAAUCCUUACUUGAAAACUGACAUUUUUCUCUCCACUUUGCCCCAUUUCCAUCCAAAUCUUUUAUUUUGCUGUUCAUGUACUUGAGGAAUAAAGUUUGUAGCGAACUAUUCCAUGUUUUGCUAAAAGAGAAAA